UCCUCAGUCCUUCAGUGUCCGUCCGGACUUGCCAGCGAUCAGAGGGUUGGGUUACGGAGCUGCCGCGCGGACCCCUUCACUCGUGGCUCUGCGCUCACCCAUCCAAGUGAUUUUUUCAUCCGCAUCACCUUUCCGUGUCUUGAACUUGAUUGACUGCAAGACACAUAUUGCUCGCACUACAGCUGUGCACAUGAACCGUUUCAAGGACAGGGAAACUUUGUGAGGAAUGGAGAAACUUUGGCGAGUUACGAUGCAGGCACGGGCGGCGGUGUGGAGGCGCUGCUGACGGUGGCUGUGGCGGUGGUGACCCUUGAGAUAACUGGCCAGGGAAAGAUAAGAACCAAACACAAGCACUCGCCGGCGUGAUAUUCCACUCCCGAGACCAGUGCAUCGUGAGAUAGUGAAGAUAACACACGAGCGGCUUUGUCAAGCUAUGGACAGACAGAUUGAUAGCAAACAGACAGCCACGCCCGAGCCAUGAGUACCGCUGGACGAGUGAAAGCCACUGAAUCAUAACGAUACACUACAAGAACAGGAAAAAAGAGAAGAAAAAAUCAAAGAUGCGGAUGACCGAAUUAACGCGGAGAUUGUACUUGGAAUAAACUCGAUUAAACAGACAGUGAGAGAAAGUGUGACGGAGAGACAGGAAUUGACAGGAGGUGCGUGCGUACAGACACACAGCAAUCAUGGGAGGCGGACAGAAGUGGGGGGCGAAACUGCUGGUGGUGGUGGUGGUGUGGGGGGCGUCGCUCCUCCCCCACGUCCUCCCCCUCUCCCCUUCCCCAACCUCCCGCAACCCCGUCAGCGGCUUGGAAGACAGUCCGCUGACGGAGGUGCAGGCGGUGGAGGGCGAUCGUGUGCUCCUGCCAUGCAACCUGGAGCCGCCCCUCGCUAAUGACUCCAUCCACCUGGUGCUUUUCUACCACGACGGUGGCGGCACCCCUAUCUACAGUCUAGAUGCUCGAAGUGUCAGCCUGGAACAGGCGAGCCACUGGGCGGAGACGGAGCUCGGCGGGCGGGCGUACAUGGAGCUGGGGGCAGGCAAGCGGGGCCUGGUACUGGAGGAGGUGACCAGGAGGGACGAAGGGGAGUACCGCUGCAGGGUGGAUUUCGUGCACUCUCCCACCAGGAACCUCCGCGUCAGACUGCAUGUGAUAGUGCCCCCCCGCAGCAUCGCCAUCUCCACGGACUACUCACCCCGCAGCCGCCUCACUCGCGUGGCUGGCCCUUACCCCGAGGGCUCCGAGGUCACCCUAUCCUGCCAGGUGUUAGGAGGUCACCCCCGCCCCCACGUCACCUGGUGGAACGAAGGGGCACUCCUGGAUAAAGUGAGCGAGGUCAACACAGGUCAGGUCACCCGUAACGCCCUCGCCCUGCCGCCCCUCACCCGCGCUGACCUCAACAAGACCUUGACCUGCCAGGCGUCCAACUCUAACCUGACCAUCCCGCUGUCUCAGGUCAUCACGAUAGACAUGACCUACCCACCGCUCUCCGUGACGCUGGGUCCAGGCUCCGGGGGCGUGCUGACGGUGCGGGAGGGCGUGGGACAGACCCUGACGUGCGAGGCGAGGGGGUCCCGGCCGCCCGCCAAGCUGAGGUGGUGGAAGGACGGCAAUGUGCUGGACCUGCCUACCAAGGACGAAGUGGAGGGCGACGUGUCACGAUCCAGUGUCACGCUGGUACCGGAGGCUCGUGACCACGGCUCGCUGGUGACCUGCCGCGCUUACAGCCCCAGCCUCAUAGACCAGGUGCUCUCCAACGCCACCACGCUCUCCGUCCUCUACAAACCACGCCUUCAGCUAAGCCUGGGGCCACACUUGAGCCUGGAGAGCGUGGAGGAGGGCGACCAAGUGACCUUCACGUGCCAGGUGGACGCAAAUCCCCAGGUGACGGGCAUCCAGUGGGCCCAAGACGGCGUGCCUCUACAGACUAAUUCCUCCAUGGGGGUGCGGGUAGGCGGUGACACUCUGCUACUGGAGAAGGUGACCAGAGCCUCCACGGGACACUACACCUGCGCUGCUGCCAACACUGAGGGCGCUAGGACGUCAAACCCCCUCCAUUUGGCUGUCAUGUUCCCGCCUACGUGUUCUGAUGGCCAGCAGACGGUGUACGGCGCAGCGAGGCACGAGCAGCUCCACGUGCCCUGUCAAGUUCAGUCCUACCCCGAGCCAACCUUCUUCAGGUGGGCGGUGAACACCUCGACGGGCGUGGUAGACGUAGCGCUCAACCUGUCUAGCAACUCAGGGCGGCGGUCGGUGGUGCGCUACAUGCCACAGACACAUCAUGACUUUGGGGAGCUGCUGUGCUGGGCCACCAACCGCGUGGGGCAACAGAAGAGACCCUGCGUGUUCCGGGUCAUUCCUGCAGCCAAGCCCGAGGCGGUGCACGGGUGUGUGGCGGAGCGCAACUCGUCCAUGCCGGCAAGCUACGUGGUGCUGACGUGCUCUCCUGGCUGGGACGGCGGCCUCAACCAGACUUUCACGCUGGAGGUGCGGCAGGCGGCCCGGGAGGAGGUGUUGGAGGCCUUCAGACACGCUUCCAACCCGCUCUUCAUCAUUACUGGGCUCAAGGUGGGAGUGGAAUACCUGCUCACAGUCACAGCGGCAAACUCCAGGGGCUCCAGUCCACCAGUGACCCUCAACUACACUGCCACCGCUGCCUCUGCUGAUAAAGUGGUGUCUCCGCAUUCCCACACCUCCCUGCUGAGUAUCAUGCCCCUCCUGGUCCUUCUCCUUGGUACCCUGGUAGCUGUGUCUGCGUGCGUGGCUGUGGGCGUGCUGCUGGUGAGGCGAGGGAGGGACAAGAGGAAGGCCAGAGCGAAAUGUCUCUACGCAGGCCCCCUCAAGGAUGACUUAGAGAACCAUGACCUUCACACCAUCGUCUGUGUGAAUCGAGAGUGUGAGAAGGAGGAAUUGAUGCGGUCGACAGGGACAGCAGUGGCUAACCUUUACGUGUCGCCUUCAACCCUUCUGAAUAACUCUAGCCUGACGCCCAGUGUGGAUGGUGACAUGCCACUCCGCGAGGGGAUGCCCGUCGCCCCACUGGCCUCGCUGGACUCCCUGGGCCGCUGCUCCACGCCCUCCUCCACCUCCACGUCCAAGACCACCUCCUCCGCCUCCUCCAAGUCCUCCCACGUGUCCUCCGCCACGGUGGCCCUCAACCCUGACUAUCUGGCUAAGGACCCCGAGUACCUCAUGAAAAAUCCCGACCUGCUCAUGAAACACCCGGAAUACCUUUCCAGAAACCCGGACUACGUCAUCAAAAACCCGGAUUUCAUGCUAAAAAAUUCGGAUUACCUGCUAAAAAACACAGAUUACCUGGGGAAGAACGCUGAUUACCUCAUCAGGAACCCGGAGUACCUGGCCGUGAGUCCCGAGUACGUGGCGCCCAGCUCUGAGUAUCUGUCAAAGCGGACGGAAUACAUGAGUCCCAGCGCGGAGUUCCUGGCGCGGCGGGCUGAGUACCUGAGCCAGGAAGUGGACUGCCUGGGCAAGUGUCGGCCGCUGCUAGGGGACCAGAAGCGGCCGUGCUGUCUCAACUCACACAAGGAGAGCUCCGUCUAGCCGCCCCUCCAGAGAGAGAGAGAGAGAGAGAGAGAGAGAGAGAGAGAGAGAAGGAGGAAUAGCAUCACUGGAGUACUCGGCGCAAAACUUUAGCAGUUACUAAGGAAACAGAUUCACCAGGAACAACAAUAACCAUAAAACACAACGCUCCGCUGCAGUACUCGCAGAAUCAGCUGCUGCGGCGACACCAAGCAAACACAGAAACCUUAAUGGCGGGAACGACCUGGACGACCUGCACGACCUGCACGAGAAGGAGAGAAAAAGAGAGAGAGAUUCACCCGCCACCUUACAGAAGCAGGAGAACGGCUGGCAAUCACAUGGUGGCGCAGUGCUCACACCUCCAGCUCCUACGGCGUGAGGCGCGGCGUGAUCCGAGGCACGCGCUGAGAGAGAUGCAAUAGCUGCUCCUGUUGCCUGGACUGGAUUAAUGGCGAAGACUUAGUGGCGGUGCUAAACAAGAGGCGAUGGAGGAAGAGGGAGGAAGGGAGGAGAAGAGGAAUACAGGAGUGUCUAGUGGCUAAUGUAUAUACGUGAAUGAUGACACGAGAUUAAGGAAGAGACAGUAACACGGCGGCAGGCAGAGAGAGGGAGAGAGACGAGGUGGUGCAGGUGACCCUCUCAAACAGCGAUAACAGUGACGAGGGUGCGUGUCUCCGCCUCUCGGUGCAUCUCCGCAGGCAAUAUCAAUAGUGACGAACGGUGCUCAGGGGAAGUUACGAACUCACGUAAACCCGCAGUGCUGUUCCCCUUCCCUCCUUCAGGCCGUGAGUGACAGUGCAGGCGAGUGAACUAAACUGUGAGGUGAUGCAGAUGCGAGGCUGAGAGAGGCGAAGGCAGGUGAGGCAAGGCGAGGCGAGGCGAGGAAGGGAGUCUGGUGAAGCACAUUAAUUCUCUGGUGUAGUGAUGCAUUUAGUGUGUGUGUGUGUGUGUGUGUGUGUGUGUGUGUGUGUGUGUGUGUGUGUGUGUGUGUGUGUGUGUGUGUGUGCGUGCGUGCGUGCGUGCGUGCGUGCGUGCGUGCGUGUGUGUGUGUGUGUGUGUGUGUGUGUGUGUGUGUGGAGAUUACACCUCAUUAAGAAGAUUAACAAGGCUGGUGAAGCAAGACGACCAGGAGGAAUAAUAAGCUGACUUUGCACACUGACUCCCUCACUCUCAUGUCUGCCCGCGCAUCAAUAAUGUAUUGUUCCUGUCCUGUGUAUAAUGCAAACAGAGAGAGAGAGAGAGAGAGAGAGAGAGAGAGAGAGAGAGAGAGAAUGGCCGCCUUACUCCUAUCACUAAAAUGAGCAAAAACCGUCGCACAAAACCAGGUAUCUUCAUGUCUCUCUGUCAUGCAGGUUGUCAGACCUACUUGCGUGUCUUCGCCUCGUGUGUCUCCUACUUUCCUGAAACUGACACUCACUACAGAAACAUAUCAUAACUUCAUCAACACUUGACACGCUGACGAAGACCUAAAGAACUUAGUUUCUCAGAUUAGGUCCGGAACUCAAGCUUGGAAACGUCCUCUCUUGCACCCGUGAAUGUUCAGAAUGUUCUCUCCUGCAGCGCCUCCAUGACACGCCGGCAGGAGGCGCUGACGGAGGAGAGGCAAGGCGGGAGUUAAAGUUUUAUACAUAUGCAUAUGAUACACAUGACAUACAUAUCUCCUUGGGUGCUGCGGGUGACGGGAAGCAGAAAUGUGAUGCUCAUACGUGGAUAAUGCAUUGAAGUUUCUCUACCUAAAUGUCCUCUCUCUCUCUCUCUCUCUCUCUCUCUCUCUCUCUCUCUCUCUCUCUCUCUCUCUCUCUCUCUCUCUCUCUCUCUGAAACUUGACCUCCGCGCCACCUCACGAGGUUCAGAGAUGGACGUCUAGUAUGCAAAUGGCCACCCUGAGUGUGACUGGCCGGAGUGAGAGCACGGAAUAUUGGAGUGUGUGUGUGUGUGUGUGUGUGUGUGUGUGUGUGUGUGUGUGUGUGUGUGUGUGUGUGUGUGUGUGUGUGUGUGUGUUGGAAUUGCCUCUUGAUAAACCUUAGAUGUACCUGGGUGACUUCGUGUUUCUGAGCGUGUGUGCUCGAGAGAGAGAGAGAGAGAGAGAGAGAGAGAGAGAGAGAGAGAGAGAGAGAGAGAGAGAGAGAGAGUACAUACUCAUACCCCAC